GAACCGAGGCGCCAGCGUGCCUCGUCCGAAAAAGGUAAAAACCUAUUGGUCCAUCUGCUAGUGUGGCGCAGCCGCCGCCUUGCAUAUCGGCCAAUUACAGGUUAAGAGCCUUGAGCCCCUGCCGACUGAGCGAGGGGAGUGGGGCAAUGGAUCCCUCGCACCCGGGGCAACAAGCAUUGAUGGCGGUGUUUAGGUGCUUCCUGCCGUUGUGGCUCACGGCGGGCGCGCCCGCGGCGGGAGCGUCACGAUCCCAGGAGCUGCGUUCCGAGGCCGUGGGGCUGCGCGAGGAGCUGCGCGCCGAGCUGCUCGUCGUGCAAGGGGGCUGGCGCCUAGCACAGGAGGCUGCGCAGGAGCACCGCCUGACCGUUACGGACAGCGCGAUGACGAGCUUCUGGCUGCUCCUGUGCGGCGCGCUGGUGAUGACCAUUCUCGCGGGCAUCGCGAUGCUGGAGACCAGGAGCACGUGGCUGAAGAACGUAUCGAUUGCCCUGAUACAGCACAUCGUGCACGUGUAUGUUGUCACGCCCAGUUGGCUCUUGUUCGGGUGGGCUCUGGCUCGCGGCAUCGACGACGCCGCGGCCCACACGGCGAGUGCAGGGGGCGGCUUCAUGGGCACCGACGGCUGGCAUGCCAAAGGCUCCAACGAUGGCGACGCUGACGGGAACAUCACCUCCACGGGCACCGCGCGUAGUUGGUGCUUCCAGUUGGCCUUUCUCACGAUCGUCGCGACCAUGGUCAGUGGCGCGGUCCUCUUUCGCAGGCUGAGCGCCAUGUGCGCGGUGUACACCUUCAUGCAUGCAGUUCUCUACCACAUGGUCGUCGCACGGAUGUGUGAGUAUGAUUGGACCAUCACCUUGAUUGACUUUGGGAGUAUCGAUUUCGCGGGCAGCGGAAUAGUGCACGGGGCAGGCAGCGUGAGUGGGCUCGCGGGCAACAUUGUGUUGGGGCCACGCGGGUGCUGCCGCGAGGAGCCCAAUCAUUUCGACGAAACGGGCUUGCCGCUCGUCUUGCUGUGCACCUUCAUCCCGUGGCUCGGUUGGCAUUGCUUCAACUGCGGCUCCACCCUCCUGGUUGCCAUAAACAGGACAGAAGCCACCUCGACAGGCGGCAUUUCCGUCUUCUUCUUACGGCACUGGGUCACGAGGGCGUACGACGUAGGCGGCCUGUGCGGCAACAUCUUGACCAGCCUGCGAAUUGUCAUUGUUGCCCUCAUCGACGUUUUCGUGUACCAGGGCUCCUUCAUGCUGCUCCAGGAGCUCAAGAUCGACGACUCGGUUGACCCUAUCCCUUUCCAUGGCUUCUUCCAUUGCUUAGGCGUGUCAUCUGGGGCGCUUUUCGAUUGUUUUUUUGAUCACUUCCACGGUUGGCGCGGCUGCCGUUGCAGAAUCAAUGAAGACGUUUGUGCCGGCAAGCGUGGGAGUUUACACCAUGCGCGAUGACGGUCCAUUUUGCAGGAUUGCACCCCCGAGGUGUUGUCGCCGUCGUUGAUUCUAUUUAGCACUCCUCCUUAUGUAUAUGUUGUAUUUCUUCCUCUCUCUCUCUCUCCAUCUCUCUCUCU